AUGGGUGAUAGGAGAAAACUACAGGGUGAAAUUGAACGUUGUUUAAAAAAAGUAGCCGAAGGUGUUGAAACAUUUGAAGAUAUAUGGCAAAAGGUACAUACAGCACCUAAUCAUAAUCAAAAAGAUAAAUAUGAACAAGAAUUAAAAAAAGAAAUAAAAAAAUUACAACGUUUACGUGAUCAAAUUAAAGCAUGGAUAUCAUCAACAGAAAUCAAAGACAAAAAAUCUUUACAAGAAGCAAGAAAAAAUAUUGAACAACAAAUGGAAAGAUUUAAAAUAGUUGAAAGAGAAACAAAAACAAAAGCAUAUAGUAAAGAAGGUUUAGGUGCCGGACAAAAACUUGAUCCACAAGAAAAAGAAAAAGAAGAAUGUAAUCAAUGGAUUACGGAAGCAAUUCAAGAAUUAAAAAUUCAAGUCGAUAAAUUCGAAUCGGAUAUUGAAACAUUAUCUGCAUCUUUAAAAAAGAAAAAAUCCGAUAAAGAUAAACAAGAACGUCUAGAAGAAACAAAACAUUCAAUAGAACGUCAUAAAUUUCAUAUUGAAUCCCUUGAAAAAAUUCUUCGUGCAAUUAAUAAUGAUGCAUUAGAUCUUAAAACAAUACAUAAUUUACGAGCUGAUAUUGAAUAUUAUGUUGAAUCAAAUCAAGAUUCAGAUUUUAAAGAAAAUGAAUUAAUGUAUGAAGAAAUUGAUAUGGAUAAUUUAAUAACAAUAAUGGCACCAGUUAUAAAUGUACCAACACAAUCUCAUCCUCCAUCAUUAUCAAAUGGUAAUAGUAGUUUAAAUUCAAAUACAACAUCAAGUCAUAUAGAUAUUAGUUCAUCAUCAUCAAUGAAUAUUAAUUCAUCAACAAAUUAUUCAUCGGAUCGUACAACAAAUGCAGCUUCAAGUCAUGGUGAUAUUGAAUCAAUUAUGGGUCUUACAACACCAUCAUCAACACAAACUAGUUCACCAAGUGCUAGUCCAGCAUUAUCAUUAACAGAUGAUCGAAAACGUAAUAAAUCUGAAUCAGAAGACAAUCAAUCUCAACGAAAUAGAACAAAUUCAGGUGCAAAUAAUUUAUCAACAACACAUGUAUCUUCACCAAAAAAUCCUUCUCAAUUACAACAACAAUCACCUAGUAUAUUAUCAUCAACAAAAUCAAUAUUAUCAUCAUCAGCUUCAGUACUUUCAACAAGUGCACCACCACAUUUUACAUAUCCUAUAACAACAACAACAGCACCUGUUCUUCAAUAUGCAGCAAUUGUUUCACAAAAUACUGUACCAUCAACAUCAACAACAACAACAAGUAGUAAUACAACAAUAUCUAAACAACAUGUACUUUCGCCGCAAACAAAACAACAAUCAAGACAAAUUCUAAACGGAACAAUAACAACAACGCCAACACUAACGAAUACAAAUGAUUCAAUAGUAAUUACAACAUCAACUUUACCGAUAUCAUCAGUAACAACAACAGUUACUAGUUCAUCAAAUAGUUCUCAUCCACCUUCAUUAUUAUCAACAACUAAUGAUCGAACAGGUAUAUUAUCCCAACAUAUUCUCAAUAAUAUAUCUCAAAUAAGUGCUCCAUCAUCAUCAUCAUCAUCAACAAUAAUUCCAUCAUCAUUAUACUCAGGUCCAGGAUCAAAUAUAUCAAAUUGUAACAUUCCUCUUGAAUCAUCAUCAUCAUCUAGUUCAAUUGAUCCAGCAAUUAUAUCUCAACAAUCAUCAUUAUUAAAUCGUACAAUAUCAGAAAAUGAUCGUUCAAUAACAUCAACACUAAUAAGUAAUGGUCCAUCAGAUGGACAUUCAUUAUUAGAUAAUACAUUUUCAACAAUUCCAACAUCAUCAACAUUUUUAUCAAAUAAUACAACACAUCUAGGAGAUAUUCCAACAGCAAAUGGUAGUGUUAUUAAUCAAUUAGCUAGUGGUAUACCAAUAAAUCCUGAACAUCAUUCACUUCGUUAUAUGUUAUCAUCAAAUAUAAUACAUCAACAAUCAAUACCAACAGGUCGUGUAUCAUUAACACCAGCUGAAAUGCGUAUGCUUAAUAGAUUAAAUUCAGCAUAUGCAAAAUUACCAUCUUUACUUGAAUCAGAACGACAAAGAACAAAUGCUAACCGUAUUUAUGGUCGAAGUUCACUUGGUCAAUCACAAACAGUAUCAUAUUAUCCUCAAACUCCACCAGCAGGUAAUGAUACACCAGAAUUUUAUUAUCGACUUGCACCUGAUACAUUAUUCUUUGUAUUUUAUUAUAUGGAGGGAACUCGUGCACAAUAUUUAGCAGCUAAAGCAUUAAAACGUCAAUCAUGGCGUUUUCAUACUAAACAUAUGAUGUGGUUUCAACGACAUGAAGAACCAAAAACAAUAACAGAUGAUUAUGAACAAGGUACAUAUAUAUAUUUUGAUUAUGAACGAUGGCAAACUCGUAAACGUGACAAUUUUAUAUUUGAAUAUAAGUUUUUGGAAGAUCGAGAAUUUUGA